AUGGGGUCAAAGUUUCAUGCAUUUAUGUACCCAUAUUUUGCUUUUGGUCAUAUGAUCCCAUAUCUUCAUCUUGCCAACAAACUAGCUGAGAAAGGUCAUCACAUAACUUUCUUGCUUCCCAAUAAAGCUCAGAAACAUCUCGAACCUCUCAAUCUGUUCCCACAGAGCAUUUUCUUCCACCCUAUCACUCUUCCUCCUGUUGAAGGUCUGCCCGUUGGCGCAGAGACAACCUCAGAUCUCCCACCAAACAUAACUGGGAAAGUCAUAUCCGAUGCCAUGGAUCUCUUACGCGAUCAAAUCGAAGCAAAGGUUUGUGCUUUGAAACCAGACCUAAUCUUUUUCGAUUUAGUUCCUUGGGUUCCAGAAAUGGCGAAAGAGUUUGGAGUCAAGAGUGUUAGUUACCAGAUCGUAUCUGCAGCUUGUGUAGCUAUUGCUCUUUCACCUGGUGCUGAAUUAGGGUUUCCACAACCGUCUGGUUAUCCUUCUCCGAAGGUGGGGUUACGUGGGCACGACGCUAACCUCUAUUCUAUCUUCCUGAAUUCCCAUAAACGGGCUUUUAGUCGGAUCCUAACAGGGUUUAAGAACUGUGACGUAGUUUCCAUUAGGACAUGCGCGGAAAUCGAGGGUAAAUAUUGUAGUUUCAUCGAGAGAGAAUGUCAGAGGAAAGUUUUCUUGACCGGUCCAAUGUUCCUUGAGGCGCAAGAAAAGAGUGUUAGACCACUAGAAGACCAAUGGAACCACUGGUUAAACGGAUUUGAACCUGGUUCGGUUGUGUUUUGUGCUUUGGGAAGCCAAACCAUUUUAGAGAGUGAUCAGUUUCAAGAACUCUGUUUAGGAAUGGAGCUAACUGGUUUACCAUUUCUUGUUGCGGUUAAACCGCCAAGAGGCGCAUCAACGAUUCAAGAAGCGUUACCACAAGGGUUCGAAGAACGGGUUAAAGGGCGUGGUAUGGUUUGGGGAGGUUGGGUGGAACAACCUUUGAUAUUGUCUCAUCAAUCAGUAGGUUGCUUUGUUAACCAUUGUGGCUCCGGUUCAAUGUGGGAAUCUCUGGUUAGUGACUGUCAGAUUGUGUUUAUUCCUCAAUCAGGUGAUCAAGUUCUUACCACAAAACUAUUGAGUGAAGAAUUCGAAGUUUCUGUGAAAGUGGAAAGAGAAGAUUCUGGAUGGUUCUCCAAAGAGAGCUUGAGAGAUGCAGUUAAAUCGGUGAUGGAUAAAGACAGUGUGAUUGGGAAUACAGUGAAGAAGAAUCAUAUGAAACUGAGAGAGACUUUGGCUAGUCCUGGAUUGUUGAGUGGUUACGCUGAUAAGUUUGUUGAAGCAUUGGAGACUGAACUCAACAAAACAAGUUCUUCUUGA